AUGGUGGCCACCGAGGGGCUGCGCGAGAUGGAGAGCAGCGCGCUGCGGCGGCUCGUGGGCCGCGACGAGGCCGCGGCCGGCGACGCCGCGCGGUGUCUGGUGCUGGACUGCCGUCCCUUCCUGGCUCACAGCGCCGGGCACAUCCGCGGGGCGCUCAACGUGCGCUGCAACACGAUCGUGCGGCGGCGGGCCAAGGGUGCCGUGAGCCUGGAGCAGAUCCUUCCGGCCGAGGGCGAGGUGCGAGCGCGGCUGCGGGCCGGGCUCUACGCCGCCGUCGUGGUGUACGACGAACGCAGCCCGCGCGCGGAGGCCCUGCGCGAAGACAGCACCGUGUCACUCGUGGUGCGCGCGCUCCGUCGCGACACGGCGCGCGCCGACAUCCGUCUCCUGGCAGGGGGCUACGAGCGCUUCUCCUCAGAGUACCCUGAAUUCUGUGCAAAAACCAAGUCCCUGAGCAAUGUGUCACCCCUCACCAGCACUGAGUCCCUGGAUUUGGGCUGCAGCUCCUGUGGGACCCCUUUUCAUGACCAGGGUGGGCCUGUGGAAAUCCUUCCCUUCCUCUACCUUGGCAGCGCCUACCACGCAGCCCGGCGGGACAUGCUUGAUGCACUGGGCAUCACAGCCCUGCUGAACGUCUCCUCAGACUGCCCCAACCACUUUGAGGGGCACUACCAGUACAAGUGUAUCCCUGUGGAGGAUAACCACAAAGCUGACAUCAGUUCCUGGUUCAUGGAGGCAAUUGAGUACAUUGACUCGGUGAAGGAGUGCUGUGGCCGGGUCCUGGUGCACUGCCAGGCUGGCAUCUCCCGGUCAGCCACCAUCUGCUUGGCAUACCUGAUGAUGAAGAAGCGUGUCAAGCUAGAGGAGGCCUUUGAGUUUGUCAAGCAGCGCCGGAGCAUCAUCUCCCCCAACUUCAGCUUCAUGGGGCAGCUGCUGCAGUUUGAGUCACAGGUGUUGGCCACUUCAUACGCAGUGGAGGCUGUCAGCCCCUCGGGGGCACUGCGGGAGCGGGGCAAGACCACCACCACCCCCACCUCACAGUUUGUCUUCAGCUUCCCAGUGUCUGUUGGUGUCCAUGCCACCCCAAGCAACCUCCCCUAUCUGCACAGCCCUAUCACCACAUCGCCCAGCUGUUAG